AACAGCCCCGCACCGUUCACAAGGGAUAACCGCGUCCUCCUGCAUUAGUCAUUCAUUCGCCACACUGACAGACGCGACCGUUUGCGAAUGCAGACACACACACACACACACAGAAAAUAAACUUAGUGUUUCUAAUUGGACCAUGACACUUGGUGCUCCGCAGCCCGAUAUCCCGGCCUGAUUAGUCCGCCUGCUUCAGUCUCACCUGCGUUCUACAGCCUUUGACCCGCUUCCUUGGGAAUAUUUCACUGGGAAGGAUCUCCGUGCCUCCUCUUUUCCCCUCCGUUCUCCCCCUUCCCCCCUCUUUCUCUCUCCCUCUCUCUCUCUCUUGCCCUCAUCACUUCUGUUCCCCGGUGACUGGCGCAGCACAGUUCUCACUGUAUUUUUUGUGUGCACUUUCUUUUUUUUGGAGGAUACUUGGCCGUAAACUGCGUCUCAACAUCUUAAACGGUCCUGUUGGCUUCUGACGGCAGCUCGAAGGAGAGAGCGAGAGAGAGAGAGACAGAGAGACAGAGAGGGGCAGAGAGAGAGGCAGGGAGACAGAGGUGUAAAAGAAAGCUUGUUCCCAUGUUUGGGAUCCAGGAAAAUAUACAACGAAGCGGGGGCAGCAUGAAGGAAGAGCCGAUCGGAAGCGGAAUGAACACUGUCCGCUCCUGGAUGCAGGGAGCCGGGAUAAUGGAUGCAAACACGGCCGCGCAAAGCGGUGUCGGCCUGGCUCGGGCUCACUUCGAAAAGCAGCCGCCCUCUAAUCUGCGCAAAUCCAACUUCUUUCACUUUGUGCUGGCCCUGUACGACCGCCAAGGUCAGCCGGUGGAGAUAGAGCGGACAGCCUUCGUGGGCUUCGUGGAGAAAGAAAAAGAACUAAGUGGAGAAAAGACGAAUAAUGGGAUACAUUACAGAAUACAGUUGCUGUACAGUAACGGGAUCAGGACUGAACAAGAUUUGUACGUUCGACUCAUCGACUCGAUGACCAAACAGGCUAUCAUUUACGAGGGACAGGACAAGAAUCCUGAAAUGUGCCGAGUCCUUUUGACACAUGAAAUCAUGUGUAGUCGCUGCUGUGACAAGAAAAGUUGUGGCAACAGGAACGAGACACCGUCAGACCCAGUGAUAAUUGACAGGUUCUUCUUGAAAUUCUUUCUGAAAUGCAAUCAGAACUGUCUGAAGAAUGCAGGGAACCCCAGGGACAUGCGGAGGUUCCAGGUGGUGGUUUCCACAACGGUGAACGUGGAUGGCCACGUCCUGGCCGUUUCUGACAACAUGUUCGUCCACAACAAUUCCAAACACGGUCGGAGGGCUCGAAGGCUCGACCCCUCUGAAGGUACGCCCUCUUACCUGGAACAUGCCACACCUUGCAUCAAAGCCAUCAGUCCCAGUGAGGGAUGGACUACCGGAGGGGCCACAGUCAUCAUCAUCGGAGAUAAUUUCUUCGAUGGAUUACAAGUCAUAUUCGGCACCAUGCUGGUCUGGAGUGAGCUAAUCACCCCGCAUGCAAUUAGAGUGCAGACCCCUCCCCGACAUAUCCCCGGUGUGGUGGAAGUCACAUUGUCCUACAAGUCGAAACAGUUCUGCAAAGGGACUCCGGGCCGAUUCAUCUACACAGCUCUGAAUGAACCCACCAUCGAUUAUGGCUUUCAGCGGUUGCAGAAGGUUAUUCCCAGGCAUCCGGGUGACCCAGAGCGAUUGCCAAAGGAGGUUAUACUGAAGAGAGCGGCAGAUUUGGUGGAGGCACUAUAUGGAAUGCCACAUAAUAACCAGGAAAUUAUCCUGAAGCGAGCAGCUGACAUUGCAGAGGCCCUGUACAAUGUCCCCCGUAACCACAACCAGCUCCCAGCUCUCAGCAACACAUCUGUCCACGCAGGAAUGAUGGGCGUCAAUUCCUUCAGCGGGCAACUGGCUGUCAACGUGUCUGAAUCUUCGCAAGGUGCCAAUCAGGGUUUUACUCGCAACACAAGCAGUGUGUCUCCUCAUGGAUAUGUGCCGAGCUCCACUCCACAGCAAACAAACUACAAUUCUGUGACAACGAGUAUGAAUGGAUAUGGCAAUGCGGGGAUGUCCAACCUCGGAAGUUCUCCUGGUUUUCUCAAUGGGUCUGCCGCCAAUUCGCCAUAUGCCAUAGUACCGUCCAGCCCUACUAUGGCCUCCUCCACCAGCCUUCCUUCAAAUUGUAGCAGUGCCUCAGGCAUAUUCUCCUUCUCGCCAGCCAAUAUGGUGUCUGCAGUGAAACAAAAAAGCGCCUUCGCUCCGGUGGUGAGGCCACAGACCUCCCCUCCCCCGACCUGCACCAGCGCCAACGGUAACAGUCUCCAAGCUAUCUCUGGUAUGAUAGUCCCUCCAAUGUAGAUAGAUCCCAUGCCUUGAAGACUGCAUCCAUGUGCUGACAAUUGCAAUGAAUAUCGUGCUUCGUGAGAAGAUGAGAUGCAAGUCCCACAGAUGAAUGGAACUAUUAACUCAGGCCUUUUAGAGAGGGAUUGUGUGGAGUUAAACAAUCACAAGCAACACUCUUUAAUCCUUCAACCCUGCCAAUUCUGAUGAAUUGAAAGCACGGUGACAAUUUACGCACCAAUUUACAUAGAUCCCCAACAUUCAAGUGACAAAAACAAAGCAAAAUGGUUUGUUCUACGUUGACAAAUGUUCUCUUUUUCCAAAUGCUUAAACCCAAUUUAUUCAUUUUAACAGAACAAAUGCCUUUUAGAAUUAGGAUCUGGAAGGAACUCUGUAAAAGAAUGUGAUGUUAAUUUAUAACGAGAAUCAAAUUUGACUGAGAGAAACAAAAAAGUGUGUGAAGGGAGAUGAAAUGAGUAGUGAUAAAUUAUUAGAUGGGGAAAUGUAGAGAGUUUAGAGUGUGGUAGUUGGUUCCAACCUGUAGAUUUGACAGUGUGGCUUUUAACUGUAACUGGAUUGAAUCUGGAUGUUGCUGUAUCCAGUUUCACCAUCGACUGUCACAGUGCUAAAACUGUUUCAAUGGGAGACUAUGCUGUGUUCAUGGGCUGGUUGAGAUUAUAGACAAAUACAAAAUAGAACAAGACAUAGGACCAACACGCGGCAGCCCUACAGAUGCUAAUAAUGCUGUUGAAGGUGAUGAACUGCUUGUUCGGGCUGUGCAGAAAUCAAACAAAAGCAGGAAUCGUUUAGGAAGAGCUGUUGGCUGCUGUGAUAUGUGGUCAUGGCCGUUGGUUCUUUUGUAAAGGAUGUGACGGCUGGGCAGAACGGCUUUGUUCACUCACAUCCGUCUUUUUAAGGGUCGGGGGUGGGUGGAGGAAUAGCACCAGCUGGCAUCUGAGACUCUUCUUGUGCUUUCCUAAUUGUGUUGCCAAUCGCAGUGCCAGCCAGUUGCUGCAGUCCCAGCCGAGUGCCCAAACAGUCUGGUCCAAAUGCCUUGUUUCCUUUUGAAAAGACAACAUAAAUAUAUCAGGACUAGGUGACGCGAGCGACUACAUAUUUUACAACCAGCACUUCACCAACAAGGGAUUGUACAUUGUGAAGUACUUUGGAAAAUGCAAUAUAGUUUUAGCUGCUGUAUUUACAGGGGUGGAAAUGUAGACAGAAGCAAAAUACCAGUGCUGUGUGCGGACAAACACAAAGGGGGAGUUUUUUUUAGUUGAAAAUUACAAUUUUAUUAGCACGGUAUUGAGAAUGCUCUUAAUCGAAGAACCAUCAGAGUUCUGAUAAUGCAUUAUCCAAUAAUUUUCCGCUGUAUUGUGUUUGUAUGUAGUUAUAAAUAUUGUAGAUUUUUUGUGAAUUUUUUUCCUUUGCCAAAGUUGUUGUUUAAAUAUUUAUACAUUUCAAUGUCUUAAAUGCAAUUUUCAAUAUUAACAAGGAAUUUUAUUGCAUAAACUUAUUUUUUUGCGCCCUAUUUUUAUUACUGCAAGGAGUCCACUACUAUUCGUUAUAUUUGGCUUGCACAUCCUUGCGUAAUUAAACAUGCAUCAGUUUAAAGACGACAUUUGAAUUUUGUUUUGUAAAAUAUGCUUAUAAAUAAUGUAUUUAUCUUUGGAAAUUUGUACAUUGCUUUGUUUUGGCUGUGUUCUUUUCCCUAUUUGUUUAUUCGCUUGACUCAUUUUAACAUGUAAUUAUGGUAAGACAUGGGGGGUGUCAACAAAGUAAGCCAUUUAAAAUUGUACCUGAGUAAAACGUUGUUUCAAUGUAAUUUUAAAGUUUUUGUUUUCCAUAUAUAAUAUAUCAUAUUACAUUUUUUCUUUUCAAUCGAGUCGAUAUUGUGCUAAGUAUUGGUUUAAAUCAUGCUUCCCUUUUCUGUUUCAAAGGUCAAGUCAAAAAAGAAGCCAUUGUCUAUUUUUAUAUUUCUUUGUCAGUUGAACUGAAUUGUCAAGAUUUUUAAAAAAUUGUGUGGCAAAAAAAGCAGCAUCUUAUUCAAUAGCAUUUAGUUCUGUAGAUUUAAGGUGGCAAAUUUUGUUUUUUCACAGUUUAA